UAAUUUGAGCAAACACCCGACAAUGUCUGGAAUUUUCAUAGUAGCUGCUAAAAGGACUCCAUUCGGAAAGUUCGGCGGUUCUCUUAAAAAGAAGACUAUAACUGACCUAUCUGAAAUCGCUCUCAAAGCUGCCCUCGCUCAAGCAGGUUUAUCAGCUGAACACGUCAGUUCUACAGUAGUCGGUAACGUCUGCCCCGUCACCUCCAAAGAAGGCAUUUACUCCGCAAGACAUACCGCUCUGAGAUGUGGGGUGCCACUUGAACGUCCUGCCUACAUGAUCAACAGACUCUGUGGCAGUGGCUUCCAGUCUGUGGUCAACGCCGCUCAGGAAAUCAUGCUGGGUGACUCCAGCAUAGUAGCAGCAGGAGGGGUAGAGAACAUGUCACAGUACCCUUACGUUAUCAGAGAUGCUAGAUUUGGCAUUCCAUUCGGUACCGUACCUCCUCUAGAAGACUCUCUGUGGGGCGGACUUGAGGACCAGCACGUUAAGAUGCCGAUGGCUAUCACAGCUGAGAACCUAGCUGAUAUGCAUGGUAUCACCCGGGAAGAGUGUGAUGCCUACGCUAUACAGUCUCAACAGAGAUGGGGCGCGGCCCAGCAAGCUGGCAGAUUCGCCGAAGAGAUAGUUCCUAUCCCCAUGAAGACAAAGAAAGGAGUUGUAGAGCUGACAGUUGACGAGCACCCAAGACCUGAUGUCACCCCUGCUGGCAUGGCUAAACUUCCACCUGUUUUCAAGAAGAACGGUGUCGUUACUGCUGCCAAUGCUUCAGGUAUUUGUGAUGGUGCUGGUAUGUUAAUCGUCGCGUCCGAGGCAGCAUGUAACGAACACGGCUUGACCCCCCUUGCUCGACUUGUUAACUACAGUGUAGCCGGAGUGUGCCCCACAGUAAUGGGCCGUGGACCUACACCCGCUAUUGAACAAGUCCUAGACAAGUCUGGACUCUCCCUCAGCGAUAUCGGACUUGUUGAUGUGAAUGAAGCGUUUGCCGCUCAGUUCCUAGCUGUCUCUAAGGAGUUGGGUCUAGAUAACGAGAUAUCUAACGUUAACGGAGGAGCCAUCGCUAUCGGCCAUCCUCUUGCUGCUUCAGGCUCAAGAAUAACAGCUAACCUUAUCUACGAAAUGCGGCACAGGAAUGUUCAGUACGGUAUUGGUAGUGCGUGCAUUGGUGGUGGACAGGGUAUUGCUCUACUCUUGGAGAAAUGCUAGAGUCGGAGGAAUUUAGAACCUGUAUACAAAUACAAUGAAAUAGAUGUUGAAACCAGACUGAAUUGUAUUGUCUUUUUCGAUUGUAGAUUGUCAUGGAGUUCCCGGCUAAAUUUAAUUAGACCCUAAUUCUUAUCAGAUUGUAAAUUAGUUACAUAUUAAAUAUUACUUGAUUUGUUACUUUGAUUUUUACGAAGUUAGAAUAAUUUAGCUUAAAUUUGUUUUCGGGUUUGCGGAUUUCUUUUCAUAAUUUAUUGGAUUUUCCCAACUUCUUUGAAUAACAAAUCAGAGAAUAAUAUAUUGACGCUAAGAUCUGUUUGUAUCUAUUAUCGAAAUUGUUACAAAAUUGGAA